UACAAGUAUCCGUUAACUUGGAUUCUGCAUUUGUCUGUUUGUUCAGUGUACAUUCCACGAGCGCCGUUGCAUUCAAAAUUAAGGCCUAAUGGAACUGAAGCAGUAUUUUUGACUUCUAUGUAGGGGUGUGACCUGAAAAAGUUAGAUGUGGAAGUCUGGAUAUCAGAAAUGAAUGUGGCAUAGGCUAUUAUGUGUUUUGGCAUACGGUACCGGUACGGUAGACUACCGGUAUACCGGUAUGGCCUUGCGAUUAUAGGAUACUUGAAGCCCUUGUCACCAGUAAAUACCAUUGAAGAAGCCUGCAAAGAGCAUAACUUGGGCAAAAGUGUUUGGACAAUUGACUUGGCUUAUCUUUGUCAAAUUUUAGAUAUCUCUCACCAAUUUUGCACCAAAACGUUGGGUGUAGACAGCAAUUAUAGAACUGAGUCAUUUUAUAUGAAUGAGAUGGAAUCAGAUUUAUCUGAAGAAGAAAAACGAGUUAACUUGUUAUUUUCAACAGCUAAUGAUAAAAAUGUCAAAGUUGAAAAACGUUCUGUUGAUUUGUCUUGUAUAUUAAAGCAUCUCGAAACUGAACAGCCAAUAAUUGUUCUCAUCAAUGACAAAGAACUGCAUAGUAAUCCAGUAGAUAGCAGCAAUUUGGCAUCAAACUCACCUCCAGAAAUUCCAUGCUGUUUUUGGUUUUGUUGCUGGAAUGGUGGCGAAUACUCUACCAUUACAUCACAACAAUUGAACGCAGAAAAUAAUCAAAUGAGUUCGGAUUAUUGGGGUCAUUUUGUUGUCAUAGUUGGCUAUGACUUGAACCGAAAAAUAUUUUUCCUAAAUGACCCUAGCCCUGACGGUAAACACGUUCAAUGCACUUUUGAAACUCUUGAAAGAGCCCGGAAAAGUUAUGGGACAGAUGAAGAUAUUUUAUUUCUUUAUUCUCCAACAAAAAGUUAAUUCAUAUAAUACUAGUAUUGGUAUCAUUUGUAACAUAUACUUGAUUUUUUCAUAUUGAACCAAUUAUCACUGCUACAUGCUGGUGGAUUCGAUUUCACUCUUCAAUCAGUAUACACUUCUUUCAGCUUUGCAAUUGCAACCAUUUCAUAUAACUUUGGUACCUGUACAGUUAACAGUAUGGGCAGUUACCAGCAAAUGUUUCUUUCGUCCAGUGCUGCAACAAUUUGAGAUGAUAUGCAACUUCUAGUCGGAAUAAUACGCAAUCUCUGACCAUC